AUGCAAGAAGGAUCCACAGAAGAGCUCCACAGCAGCCAAGAGUGCAUGAGCAGACUGGGCGAGCGUACUGGGCUGCUGGCUGGCAGGAGCAGCAAGACACUGGUGACAGGAGGUGGAGGCUACCUGGGAUACAACCUGGGAUGUGCCCUGGUCAGGUCAGGAAUUGCUGUUGUUCUCUUUGAUGUCCAGAAACCUAAAGGGGAAAUUCCAAACGGAGCGGAUUUUUUCAAGGGUGAUGUGAGGGAUUAUGAUGCAGUGUUCAAAGCCUGUGAAGGGGUUGACUGUGUUUUCCAUGUGGCUGCAUGUGGAAUGUCAGGAUUAGAACAGCUUCAAAAGAAAGAUCAGAUUGAAUCCAUAAAUGUUGGAGGCACAAAAAUAAUAAUUGAUGUUUGCAAACAAAGAAAUAUCCCUAGACUGAUAUAUACCAGUACAGUGAACGUGGUGUUUGGAGGGAAUCCUAUUGAAGAAGGAGAUGAAGAAACUGUGCCAUAUUUUCCCCUGGAAAAGCAAUUUAAUCACUAUUCUAGAACCAAGGCAAUUGCAGACCAAAUGGUUCUUGCUGCUGAUGGAACUUUGCUCACAGGAGGGGACAAGCUCCACACCUGUGUGCUUCGCCCACCAGGCAUCUACGGACCAGAAGAGCAGCGGCACCUGCCACGAGCAGCUGUAAAUAUCCAGCGGAGACUUUUUAACUUCAAGUUUGGGAAUCACAAAGUUCAGAUGAACUGGGUUCACAUAGGAAAUCUAGUACAAGCUCACUUACUAGCUGCUGAGGCCCUCACCUCUGAGAAAGGUUAUGUAGCUAGUGGUCAGGCAUAUUACAUCCACGAUGGUGAAAAUGUCAUCUUCUCUGAGUGGAUAGUGCCUUUGUUCGAAAAAUUAGGCUACAGGAAACCCUGGAUACAUAUUCCUGUUCUUCUGGUUCAUACAGCAGCCACUGUGAUGGAAUAUCUGCACCUGAUACUAAAGCCAGUUUUUAGCUUUACGCCUUUCUUGACAAGGAAUGAGGUGUGGAAUGUUACUGUAACUCACACUUUCCGAAUAGACAAGGCACGAAAUCAACUUGGCUACAAGCCAAAGAAGUUCUCAUUUGCUGAUUCUGUGGAUCAUUAUCUGAAAACAAGACCUAUUUGCCAAGAGGAUCACAAAUUCCUUAAAAUAGCGUUUGGUUUUGGCAUUUUGUUAAGUUUGAUCAUUCUUUCUUUCUUCUAA